ACAAAUGCAAUAAGGUUUAUAUACGUUUUAAACAAACACGAUGCACACAAUCAAGACAGCAGGAAAUCUAAAAAUAAAUACUAAAUACUAGUCUCGCUAAACACUUAAUGUUCAGAAACACGUCUUUAAUUUGGUCCAGAGCAGUUUCUCUUCUCUCUGCAAUUCUCUCGGUUUCUGUGGAAUUUAUUUGAGGAAGUAAUGCUGAUUACAAACCUACUCUGAAUAAAUUUUCAUUUGUGGUUCAUGAUGGAUAAAUGCUUUUUCUACGAUGAAACAAAGUUGGAUAUUUAUAUCACGUUUGGGUGUGGUUUAAAAUCUGAUACCUGGUACCUUUAAUUAUGAAGUCAUAUAAAUCUAAAUAUGUUCUCCACCCUGUGUGCACAGUUUGCAUGUUCUCCCCAUACUUCAGGGGUUUCCUCCUGUUUCCUACCACAGUGCAAAGACAUGCAAGUUUUAGGCUGAAUGGCAUUUACAAAUUGUCUGUAGUGUGUGAAUGUGUGUGUGUGUGUGUGUGUGUGUGUGUGUGUGUGUGUGUGUGAUUGUGAUUGUGCCUUUUGAUGGGUUGGCCCCCUGUCCAGUGUGUCCCCCACCUUGUGCCCGAUAGGCUCCAGGCUCCAAGCGACUCUGUGUAGGAUACGCAGUAUGGAAAAUGGAUGGAUGGAGAGAUACAAAAUAAACGUACAUAUGUCUCCAGUAUCAGUAAAUAUGAGAAAUAAGCAACUUUUAAAAAGCCAAACAAAAUUGUUUAUUUCUCAAACAUGCUGCAAUGCUGGAUUCUGCAUCAAAUCAAACUCUUUUUUUCUCAAUUAACUAGCUUUUAUUAUUUGUUUUACUUUUACUCACAAAUGAAUAUUUAUUCGUUGAACUUUUAGUCUAUAUUUUAUGUUAUAUUGCUAUUUUUUUACACCACUAUUAAUUAUUUCAUUAUUACUAUUUGUCCAUUUUAUUAUUUUACUUGUGUCGCCCUAAUCCAGUCUGAAAACCUUCCUGUUCCAAACACGUUUACAGUUAAGCCUGUUAUUUUUAGAUUUCGGGGACGGUAUUGCACUUCUAUUGCACCUGAUUCAGGACCAGUAUUGCAUUGCAUUUAUCCAUCUUUCUUUCUUUUUUUCUUUCUUCUAGUGUUAGUGUUACUGUAAGUGUCAGGGUUAGUGUUAGUGUUAAUGUUAGAUUAGUGUUAGUUUAUUAGUAUUACUGGGAUGCUCCAGUAGGUGGCAGUGUGCAUGUCUGGUAUCCAGGCGCUGACAGCAGUAGAAGAAGCGCGCGCGGUAGUUUUCCUGACUGGAUUUCUGAUCUUUCUGACCCAGCUUCUUCAUCUCUUCCCGAAAUCAUUUCUCUCAGGGUUUUCCAGAGAAUAUUGGAUUUAAUCUGCUGUAAAAUAAAUAAAAGUGUCUGUAUGUGAGGUGUUUCACUACAUCGUGCUUUAAAGCUCGAGGACUAGCGGGGAAACCAUGAAGCCAUGCUCACUAGUGGGCAAGAACAUGCAGCUAAACGAGGACACCUGUGAAAGCAGCAUGCACAACGAACUGAAAAUUAUCUACAUUAAAGAAGAAGAACCUAAUGAUGACGAGUACCUCUACUGUGAGGAUUGCAGAUGCUUUUUCUACAACAAGUGUGAGGUUCAUGGUGCAGCUCUCUUCAUCCAUGAUACCCCCGUUCCCAUGGGAGUCGCUGACCGAGCCAGACAAACCCUUCCUCUCGGUUUCGAGGUUGGGCAGUCCGAUAUAUCCGGUGCAGGCCUGGGAGUGUUUAAUAAAGGGGACACCGUUCCAGUUGGUGCUCACUUUGGGCCCUACCAGGGAGAACUGGUAGACAAAGAGGAAGCCAUGAACAGUGGAUACUCUUGGGUGAUAUACAGGAACGGACAAUGUGAGAAGUACAUAGAUGCCAAAAGAGAGAUGUAUUCUAACUGGAUGAGGUAUGUGAAUUGUGCUCGUAAUGAUGAAGAACAGAAUCUGGUUGCGUUCCAGUAUCGAGGGGGGAUUAUCUACCGCUGCUGUCGAGCGAUAAAACCAGGACAGGAGCUCUUGGUGUGGUAUGAGGAGGACUACGCUCAAGAUCUCGGAAUUACCUUCGACUACCUCUGGAGCAAAAAGUGCUCUGCAAAUGAAAUGAACGACGCCCUGCAAGUCUUCUCCUGCUCCAUGUGUCAUCUUUCCUACACAGCUCAAAUUUACCUCCACAGACACAUGAGGAGAUGCCACCAUGAUGAAUAUGUGAGCAUGUUGCAAGAAGAAGAGAUUAAAUCCGAGAAUCUGGGGACCACAAGCAGCUCCGGUAGUGAGCAAGUGUCUUCUCAGAACAUUAGCACCUUUCAGGAAGAAAUGCACGACUGCCCAGAUUGUGGGAUGAGUUUUACUUUACCGAGCCACCUCGAAAUGCACCAGCGCGUUCACACGGGAGAAAAGCCGUAUCCCUGCCCACAGUGCGGGAAGAGUUUUACUCAACAGAGUAAUCUCCGAACGCACGUACGCAUUCAUACGGGAGAGAAGCCGUACCAGUGCUCAGACUGUAGCAAGAGUUUCACUCAUCGGAGUAGCCUCCAUCUGCAUCAGCGCAUUCACACGGGAGAGAGGCCGUACCACUGCUUAUAUUGUAGUAAGAGUUUUAUACAGCAGAGUGCUUUCCAGCAGCACCAGCGCAUUCACACGGGAGAGAAACCGUAUCAGUGCUCACAGUGUGCGAAGAGCUUUACUCAGAUGAGCUCGCUCCAACUACACCAGAGCACUCACACCGGAGAAAGGCCGUAUCAGUGCUUACAGUGCGGAAAGAGGUUUACUAGACAGAGUCAUCUCCAAACCCACCAAAGCACUCACACGGAAGAGAAACCGCAUCACUGCUCACAGUGCGAGAAGAGUUUUACGCUACGGAGUCAACUCCAAGCGCACGCUCGCAUCCACACAAGAGAGAAGCCGUAUCCUUGCUCACACUGUGGGAAGAACUUUCCUUUCCAGAGCCAUCUCCAAAUCCACGAGCGCAGUCACACCGGUGAGAAACCUUUUCACUGCUCAGUGUGUGGGAAGAGUUUUAUCGACAGAGGCACUCUCAAAACGCAUCAGCGCAUCCACACGGGAGAGCGGCCGUAUCGCUGCUCGGACUGUGGGAAGGCGUUUACUCAGAGGAGUUCUCUCCAGCGACACCAGCGACUUCACACAGAAGACAAGCUGUAUCACUGCUCAGGAUGUGGGCGGGGUUUUACUGAUUUAAGUACAUUUCAGACGCACAAGUGCACUUACGCGGAGCCAUCAGCUCGUGAUAUUGAUCUCGCAAAUCAAGAAACAUGACUAACAUUAUUGAUCAUCGGGUUAGCUUGAGUACUAAACGAGUCUUAUCCUGGUCUUGAACUCUUGUUGGAAGCAACAAAAAAAAACGUAUUGCAUAUAAUAUAAUAUUUUAUUUCAGUGUUUGUCUUUAAGAUUUCUAUUGCUUUAUAAAUCAUUCACGACGUCUAAACGAAACAUUUCAUUGGAAUUUAUAAUCCUUGAAUAAACUAACUUAACCUAUUUAAAUUUAAAGCAUCGUUAUGGCGUGGUGGUGUACAGCCAGUCAUUAAGAGAAAAAUGGUUGAGGAAGAAUUGGGCAAAAUGCUGGAGAUGCAAGUGAAAGAAGAGUCACUGUGACUGGAACCGUCCCAUCGUACGCGUGAGAAGGGGAGUUACAGUUCUGUGUGGAUUUUCAGUGCAUGAAUGUGGUUUAGAGAUUUGAUGCCUGUGCAGUGCUGCGUAUUUCCAAGAUAUUAGAUAGGCUGGGUUCAGCUUGCUUUUAUUCAACACUGAAUUUAUUUAAGAGCUACUUGCAGGUUCCUAUAUCUUUAGUCCAUGACCAGGAAAUAAAACACAGAUCUUAAACUACAGUUGGACCAAUCGAGGGGAGAGGAGUCAGCGGGCUUGAGUGUGAGGAUACAUUGAUGUUUCCUAUGCUAAAGUAUUUUUGUUGUUGUACAGUGCAACAUAGCCUACAGUAGAAAUGUUGCACCUCGCUGAAAAAGUAAACAUUAAGGUAUGAGAUAGCGAUCAAUAAUGUUUAGCAUAUAAUCACUGUUGUAGCCUAUUGCAAGAAAAUAUCUUAGCAAGUGAAGAUAUCUAGAAUAAAGUAAAGGUUAUCUACUAUUUCUCAUUAUGAAGUUGUUAUAUAACAAAUAUAAGGACAUUAAACCUAUUUCUAGACAUCCGGAGCGACUUAGAGAAGUGCUUGGAAGUCUCUAUCAAUAAAUACAUCCUGAUACCGGUUCACUAGAUCACAAACUAAUAAUGCCAUCAGUCUGAGAAAUCUGUUAAGUGCUAAUUUAAGUAUUAAAGUAAUAAUUUUGCUUCUUUCUAGAAAUAAAUGCUUGAAAUCGGUAUCUUUGUCUAGAAACAGCCUUGAAGAGCACCUAUUAUGGAUUUGAAAUGUCCCUAAUUUUGUUUUAAAGGUCUCGUACAAUAGAUUUACACGCAUCCGAGAUUAAAAAACAGUUUAACGUCCGCAUUAUUUAAACUGCAGCAUUACCAUUUUUUCCCCCAGUGUCACAAACGACUCGUUAAAUGAUCCGUACUAAAGGAUUCAUUCUAAACUCCUCCUUUCAGAGAGCAUACUCUGCUCUGAUUGGUCAGAUGUCCCAGUCUGUUGUGAUUGGUCUACCGCUGUCAGCGUGUGUCGAUGAAAACCAGAGGCGGGGCUUUUUGUUACAAACCUACAUAGGUUAGUACAGGAAGUAAUGGAAUCACUAACGAAUCAUUUCAGCUGUUCUGAAUCGAUUCCUUCUUUUGGGAGUCAGUAACUCCGUUUGUCCUGCGCUUUGAUUUCUGAAACUUUGCAGACUUUUUAUAUUCACAAACAGCUACGUAUAUAACACACUACAUGAAAGGUAAUAUUUCAAAAACCAUAAUAGGUGCACUUUAGUAAUCUUGUAUUUGUGUAAAAACAAUCUGUGAAAUUUUAGCUGAAUUUGCCUAUAUUCAAGCGGUUUUUUUACUUGCUAGUAUAUAAUUUUUCAGAGUCUGUGUUUACAGAUUUGCUAUACAGCUGGGAAACAUGGCAUCAAUAACUGAAUUCAGUACAGUCACUUUAAAAUGAUGCUUCAGUGAGCAAGAAUGUCUCAUCUGGUAAAUGUUUUUGUCCUAGUUUCUUGAUUUUGUUCCUUUUUUCUCCUUCCUGUAAGAAUAAAAGGAACGAGAAGGCGCAACUACAAAAAUUUGGAUUCCAAUGUAAAUGAUGAUGUGUAUUCACCUGCUGCAGUCCUACUUCUCCAAUUCUGUUCCUCCACUUCUCUUUCUGUCUGAUACUGAAUGCAUUACGAUAUCACGUGUUUCACAAUUUCGAUAACCUGACACUUCUCACACUUCCCUGUGUUGUGUUUCUGAUCAUCAGUCUGUCCGGGAUUGUGCGAUCUCAGAAAGUAAUGCAAAAUCAAGCCAACUCUGCAAUAUUCAGAGGAGCUUUCAGUUUUUCCUAAAUUACCGUAGGUUUCCUGCAGAUAAUGGCCGACACAGCAUGUGACAUCACCACAACAUGCAUUCAGCCAACGCCAUCUUCGAUUGACGUGUGUUGAACAAUUACAUUUACGGUAUUUGUCAGACGCCCUUAUCAAUUCAGUGUAAUUUGUAUUUAAUUAUUUUAACAAUGGACGUUGUCUCAAAGCAGCUUUAAUGUAUACAUUCACGAUAUAGAUUUUAAAUGUAUGAAUUUCUCAUCUGGGUGACACCGGAUAGUGCGAUUAAAAAUAAACACACCCCUUCUAUAAAUGUGCUAAUACUACAUGCUGAAAUAGUGCAGUCGUGUAAGCAGGAAAUUCAUUACAGUUUCUACAUGAAGUCUGUUGUGUUGAACUUCUCCACUGUUCACUGAUGGAGACUCGAGUGCAGAACUGUUUGUGGUAAUUGUAGUGAUAAAGCCAUCACAGCAUAACUGUUCAUAUGAACUGAAGUCCAAAGCACCUUUAUGGUGUUUAAGUGGAACCGUCCUCAGUAAUCACAGUGAGAUUUAAUCUGCACCAUGUGGGACAUCCUCAGCAGCAGCAUGUGACUCCAACUGAUGAGAACUCCAACCAGACAUAGGGCAUCAGGAUUAUCCAGAGCAAUUUACAUGAAUCUCAUUUAUACAACUGCGAAGUUGAGGGUUAACACACAGUGGCAGUGCUGGGAUUUGAACUCAUGACCUUCUGAUCAGUAGUCCAAUGUCUUAAACACUGAGUACAGCUGAAAGGUCUCAUUUACCAACAAACGUCACUGUGAAAGAAUUUCGAUUUGCAAAACAAUUUCAUACAAUUGCAAUUUCGCCAAUUCAAGUAGCUUCCUGGGGGGGAAAAAAGGACAAAAUACUCGGCAAGUUGCAACACAUUGUUUUUUUUAAAACUGCAGCAAAAUCACGCAUUUCUGGCUGCAACUGACAAAAAAAUCAGCAAAAUCCUGUACAGACUAUCAUUUAUAGUGUUAAACUUAGUUAAGUGACAAGUGUUGAACUGGAUCUGAAUCACGAAGUACCGAUGGUACAUAUUCAAUUCAGUUCAAUUUUACUCGUAUUGUGCUUUUAACAUUAGAUAUUUUCUCACAGCAGCUUUACAAUCCGGAUUAUAUUUAGAACCCUAAUGAGCAAGCUAGAGUCAAUGGUGGUGAGGAAAAGCUACCUGAGUUGACAUGAGGAAGGAACUUUUGAGGAACCAGACUCAAAAGGGAACCCAUCCUCUUCUGGGUGACACCGGAUAGUGCGAUUAUAAAUCAUAACAGUAAGUAUUCAAGUGUUUUAUUCCUCUUAUACCACAGCUAUUAAUAUCUUUAUUGAUUAAAGAAUGACACAUUGUACUUUUGUAUUCAUUUACACAUAUCACAUUUGCUGUUGCAGAGCGUCUGUGAAGCAAAUUAGUUCCUGUUCUCACUUACAUUAUAGCAGCUUUAAACAGUCAUGUUACCGAGAAACCACAAAGUGUAAACUCUGUCCUGAAGAUGUCAGAAAACAUGAAAGUUAUAGCUUUACCUCUGACAGUUACAAAGUGCUGACACUGGAGACUUCUUCCAUAAAUGUUGCAUAAA